UCGCAGGGGCAUUUGCGAGGGACCUUUCUGCAAAAUCCAUGAUUCCCUCACCCGCAUCAACGACUGCAUCCGGAUCGGCUGCACUACACUUGAAUUAGGACGUUUGCCAGAUCUGCGGACGGACUCGUCGUUUUCCGUCGGAAUGAAAGCAUAGCGCGCGAAAUUCGCCCCUGAGAGAAGCUGGCUUUUGUUGAUCCAAUUCCAAGGCUACAGCGAAUUCGGUGAUCGCGGGGAGGUGUGCUGCGGUAGGCGCCUGCAGAAGAGGGCAUGACGUAGGGGCAGCUCCACGUGGGACCACAGUCGGAAAAGGCAAGGUCGUUAACCUGGAGUUGAAUAGUAUCCUGAUGGUGUGGGAUCGGGUGACCUAGUUUCGCGGGUCAUUGAUGGAGGUUUCGUCGCUGUUAUUGCGGUGCGGGCAGCGCAUUGUACUGUCAGGAUGUCUUCUUCGCUGGCUUGUGGCGUCAACCAUAAUGUGAUACAGAUCUAGAAAUUUAAUUUAUUGAGAUACCUUGCCACUUCUUUGGAACUUUGGAGUAGCCUCUCCAUGACCUGUGAAGCUUGUUCUCCGCACGGGUCUUGUAUUAAUUGUCAUUCCUAUUAAAAAGGACUUUAAGCAGCCUUUUAGACAUGAAAGAAAUGUUUUUGGACGUGAGAGAGGCUCAGAAAGACGCUGGCUUGAUAGUCAUGAGAUUCCUUCUCAAGAGCAUAAAGAGGAGCAUUAUGCAUCGGCACGCAUCGCCGCAGACUUCAAGUCUUGGACGACGGCUAAGAGUCCGAUCUGGAGCUAGUCUAAUUGGAUACUUUUGGAUGCUUGGAUACACGAGUGUUGUUCUAGGAGCGCUGUUUUCAACAGUUUUCUUUCCGGAAAUGCUCUCCAUGUUGCGGUCUCAAAGAAGCACCAUGCAGCCUUACAUGCUUUCUCAGCCAGGUGAUCAUGGAAUACAACCUAGAACCGAUGAACUGAGUUUGAAGCAAGAAUUCAGGUCCCUUCGCUUGUCCCAAUUGCCGAGUACGGACGUAGAGUCGGUGGAGUUCAAGAAACUUUGGAAGCCUCCUCCUAACCGAGGAUUCCAUCCUUGCGUUGAGCCUAGCGAGUCUUACUCAGGUCCAGGUAUAUCCAGAGGGUAUCUUCUGGUUCAAAGCAAUGGCGGUUUAAAUCAGAUGCGAGCAGGGAUUUGUGAUAUGGUGGCGGUUGCACGCAUACUGAAUGCUACGUUGGUUGUUCCGGAGCUUGACAAGCGAUCAUUUUGGCAGGAUUCUAGCAACUUCUCGGAUAUAUUUGAUGCGGAUCAUUUUAUAGCGGCCUUAAGAGGCGACGUUCAUGUGGUGAAAUCACUUCCUCAAGAAUAUUUAUUAGCACCUAAAGCCGCGAAACAGUUUCAAAGCUGGUCCAACGUAAAGUACUAUGUGGAUGCCAUUGCUCCUGUUUGGCGGGACUACAAAGUCAUUCGCGCUUCUAAAUCUGAUUCACGCUUGGCAAAUAAUGACUUGCCUGCGGACAUACAGAAGCUGCGAUGCCGUGUUCAUUAUGAUGCCCUCCGAUUCUCACGUGCGAUUGAUGAGUUUGGGAAGAAACUUGUAGAGAGAUUGAGAACAAAUGGACCCUACAUUGCUUUGCAUCUUCGGUAUGAGAAGGAUAUGUUAGCCUUCAGCGGCUGCACACAUGGUCUAACACACAAAGAAGCUGACGAAUUGACUACUAUAAGACAUACUACCGCCCAUUGGAAGGUUAAGGACAUCAACUCUACCGACCAAAGGGUAAAAGGGUAUUGCCCGCUGACACCAAAAGAGGUCGGGAUUUUCUUGAAGGCCUUGGGCUACCCGGAGACUACACCAAUUUACAUUGCUGCUGGCGAGAUUUAUGGUGGUGAUGAACGCAUGAAAAGCCUGCUUUCUCGGUUUCCAAAUGUUUUGCGAAAGGAGACCGUAGCCACGCCAGAGGAGCUUGCACCAUUCGUCAAUCACUCCUCUCAACUGGCAGCAUUGGACUACAUUGUUUCUGUGGAAAGCAACGUGUUCGUGCCUUCCUACUCAGGGAACAUGGCCAGAGCUGUGGAAGGACAUCGGCGGUACCUUGGGCACCGCAAGACCAUAACCCCAGACAGGAAAGAACUUGUAGCACUCUUUGACAAGCUAGACAGAGGAGAGCUCACUGAAGGCCCAGAGCUUGCGGAGACGAUCGCAAACAUUCACAAGCGGAGGCAAGGAGCGCCACGGAAAAGGAAAGGUCCCAUCACAGGUACAAAAGGAAGGGACCGGUUUAGGACGGAAGAGGCCUUCUACACAAAUCCUCUUCCAGAUUGUUUGUGUUCGGAGACUGAUCCAAUCAACAUAAAGCCCAAAAACUUCAACACGGAUAGGCAGCUUUUGAGCCAUGAUCCUCAAUGGAGGGAUGGCCACAAUUCAUGGCAAAGACACUAGCAUACCUCAUGCGCAGUCUUCUUCUUUUGUAAAGUGCAGUGCACUUUUGUAAUUUGCCUGAGAAUCUGUAAUGUGUAUUAAUUGACCCACACCGACCAAACAAUGGUGUUUCUCUCCA